UUUAAUGGAAUUGCAUAAUAGUCCAAGGAAGGCAAGUUGUUUGGAAGGAUCUCAUGCUGAAGACUUUAGAUUGUUCAAGGGUUUCUUCAUGAACAACCUGAACGAUCCUCCUAGAUGGAAUAUUAGACCAGAGCCCGCUGGAGGCGAUGACGGGAGCAGAUGGAAUUAUGCUCUGCUGGUGCCCAUGAUCGGCCUGGCAGCAUUUCGUUGGAUAUGGACUCGAGAAUCACAGAGCCAGAUCCAAGAUGUGAAGAACAAGUACAACAGUGACAUGGCAUCCAUUACCAGAGACCUGGAGCUGAAGUACAGGGAAACGCUGACAGAAAACCGGCGGACAGCAGCGCAACUGGAGGUGGAGCUUGAGAAGGAACGCCAGCGUGUGCAGGGCUACAAGAAAGCCCUGAUCUCUCAGCAGCUUAUGGAGGAACGGAAGCAGCUUCAGCAGGAACGACAGGAUCUGGUGGAGGAGAAGAACCGCCUGCUGCAGUCUGGAGUGGCCGGGGUGGUGCUGCGGAAAGCCCUGCAGCGAGAGGAGGACUGGCAGCUCAGGGCUCAGGCUCUGCUAAAGGAACUGGAGGUGAAGCUGGUGGAGAGGCAGGACGCUUUCUGCAGCAUCCUGUUGCCACGGGCACAUCGUCUAGAGAUGGAGAAGAAUCUGCUGUUGAAGGUGGCUAAGGACCCGGUGGGUGCCGAGCUGAACCUAGAGGAAGAUCUCAGGGACAUUUUUAAGAACGACAGACACUGUGCAGAUGUACUGAACAUGGGUGAGCAGAAGAAUGGGAAUUUGAUGUGGCUGUAUCUCAGGUACUGGCAGCUCCAGGUCACUCUGCAGAAACACAAAAGGGCAGAAGAGACGCUAAAAGGGGCAUCGCUUAACUCCAGCAGACCUUGAUGAGGAUAGAUCUCUAUACAAAACAAGAAGAAUUUUCUGCCUAUAAUGUUUUCCUUCGCUUAUCCAAGGUAUCCCCAUGAUUUAUUUUUUCUACUAUUUAUGAUGCCAAGUUUUUUUGUGAAACCACUUGAGCCUUGAGUCUUUGACAAUCACGCCAGAACAUGAAAAUGUGUAUUUCUGGCAGAUUUUUUUAAUGCUCCUCAGCUGUACUUUCCUUUUCUUUCAGUUUAACCAGUCAUAUAGAAAGCAGAAGAAUUGGAUGAUUUCAUAUUUGUUGCAUUACUGAUGAACUUUAAUAGACAAAUGAUUCAUUUUACUAAUACGUACCACAAACAUACAAAUGAUGUUACUGACGUGUAAUAAAUGUUUUCUGACAAGAAAGAAUAUAUUACA